CGCUUAAUUAAGAAGUAGCCGUUGCACAAUUAACGUUCCAUUUCUCCAAAAACAUUACAAAAGCUCUCUCUCUUCUCUCACACUUUCACUCUCAACCAAAGGAGCCUCCUUCUUUCUCAUUCCUCCCUCCCAAUAAUAAUAAUGGCUUCAAUCUCCGUUUCACACGAUAACACCAUUAACCCUAAUCAACAACAACCACUACAAGAGGAACCUAUAAUCCCAGUUUUGACUGUUUUCAAGAACAAAGCAAUCCUCAAGAACAUCUUCAUCAUCCUCGACAAUAACAAUAACAACAUCUUCAAUGAUUACACUCUUCUCAUCGGUCGACACCAAAAUUGCAACAUAGUCCUCACUCACCCCAGCAUCAGCCGAUUCCACCUUCAAAUUCGCUUCACUCCCUCUUCUCGCUCCAUUUCCCUCCUCGAUAUGUCUUCUGUGCAUGGAACGUGGGUGUGCGGUAAAAAGAUUGAACCUGGAGUUACCGUUGACCUCAAGCAAGGUGACACCUUUACACUUGGGGUUUCAACUAGGGUUUAUUUUCUUCACUUUGUUUCUCAAUUGGAUGCCGAAGCAAUAAAGAAGAACAUUGGUUCUUUAUGUUGUGAUGACGAUGAAGAGAAUAGCCAAUCCAAAGGUGAAACAUUUGAUGUUCAGGAUGACUCAUUUGGAACUGGAACAUCGUGCUGUGAUGGUGAAAAUAACUUGUGUGAAUGUCAAAUCUGUUUCCUAUCUCCACCUUAUGUGCAUUCAGUUGAUGAAGUUGAUAACAAACGGGUCACUGAAGCUUGUUCCGAAGUAGAGAUGCCAGGAGAUACUAAUUUGCUUUGCACAUUGAAGGAAUAUGUUAAACAAAACAUAUGUAUCCCAGGUUUGGAAGCAGUUCAGGGCACUAAAUUGCGCCAAGAAUCUUCUGUGGAAAAGCAGUGGAUUGAUCCUGCAGCAUCUUUUGAUGAAAAUUGUGAUGAUGCUUCAGUGGAUGUGAUAACUGAAGAAUCUGAAUUUGGAUGCUCAUCCGAAGAUAGUUACAAGUUUGAAGAUAUUUUAACUAGUGGAGCAAGAGUUUUCAAUUCUGAGGACAUGUCUGAUUCUGAAUCUCAUCAAACCAAUGCUGCUGAGGAAGUUUCUGUGGAUUCAUUCUCUGAUGGAGAAAAACAAGAUAUAUGUGGUGAGCAGUAUGAGUCAGAGUUGCAGAACCCGAAUGCUAAAUCUUGCCAUGAGCAACUGGAUGAAAUAGUUGAAGAUAUUGGAAAUAAAUGGAUUGAAAAUGUGGAUCCUGCAUCUUCUGAUGAAAAUGGUGAAGCUGCAGUGAAUGUAACACCUCUAGAACACAGAUUAGGAUGCAUCUCUGAGGAAAAUGAUGACAGGAUUAACGAUGUUUUAACUAGCAUAGCAAGAACUUUCGUAUCUGAAAAAACAUCUUCACUAGUUGAGGAAGCAAUUCCUGUAAUCAAUUUUCAACAAAUCGAGAUUGUUGAAGAAAUUGCUGUCGAUUCGUUAUCUGAUGGAGAAAAGCAAAAUCAAUGUGACAAGGAGUUCCAGACAUACCUGAAUGCUAAACCUUGUGAUGGAGAAAGUAACUCACUGGAUGAAAUAGCUGAUGAUACCAUGCAAUCCUUUCAGACAGAGCCACUUAGUCCUGCAGUGCCUCAGGAAGCUGAUUUAAAGAUUACAGACAAGAAAGAGAAUCAGACCCCGCAAUAUCUCAUUGCUGAAAGCUGUGUAGAACAAUCAUCAGAGAAAAGUACAACCUUUGUUAGUGAUAUUCGGUCAAGAAGGGAUAAGGCUGCGAGUGCACCUCAGGAUCGAAUCAGGAAGAGCAGAUUAUUGAACACACCUAAUGUUGACACUAAGUUUGCAAUGAGUAAUUUGAAGGAUAUCAAAAUCAUGAAGCCAAGGGAUCUUUUCUGUGUCUUGUAUGAAGAAGAAAUGUUCACUCCAAACAACGAAAACUCAAGCCCGACAAACACCUUUCACUUGCAGUUUAUGAGAAAGAAAGAUAAGCUAGAAGGAAGUAAAAGGUCCAAGUCUCAAAAGUCUCAUAAUUUGAAGGCUAAUGUUAGUCCCAACUUCUAUUCAUCCAAAAGAAGUACAAGUCCCAACAUCUAUUCAAAGUCACAAUGGUCACAUAAUUUGAAGGCUAAUUUUAGUCCCAAUGUCUAUUCAGCCGAAAGAAGUACAAGUGCCAUUUCGAACAAAGAGAACCAGACUCCAAUAGGAUGGAACUCAGGGAAAAAGCCUCUUGAAAAGAAGAGAGUGGAAAGGAUACCCUUACAAUCACUAAUGAGCUCUGGAAGCAAUCACAAUUCAAUGAAUUCUAGUCCUUUUUCUGCUGCAAAAACCAUUGUUGGUGGCACUGCCAGAGCCCGUAAUUGUGGACACAUUUCAUACAAGCACAAUGAAACUUUUCAUAUUAGUAAAGAACAAAAGAGGAGCUGGGACAUGGUUGUAGACUCUACUUCUCUUCUGAACAAGGAGUCAAGAAAGGCUUUGCAGCUUCUACAAGGUCUCAAGGGAACUCGUUUGAUCAUUCCAGAAUCAGUGAUAAGAGAAUUGGGAAGCAUGAAGCAACAGGUUGGGAUUUUUAGAAGGAUUUCAGAGGCUGUCUUGGCCUUGGAAUGGAUUGAAGAAUGCCUGGUGAAGUCAAAUUGGUGGAUUCAUAUCCAGAGCUCAAUGGUGGAGGAAAAUCACAUCCUUGACUUUGCUCUUCAAUGUAGAAGAAAAUAUAAUGAUGGACAACUUGUCCUUCUUAGUGAUGAUGUCACCUUGAAAAUAAAAUCCAUGGAAAAGGGGUUGAGAUGUGAGACGGUGCAGCAAUUUCAACAGAGUUUAGUGAACCCUUUCUCUAAGAGGUUUAUGUGGGAAAACAGCUCUCCUCGAGGAUUGACUUGGUCUUGCCAAGAUGAUGUGGUUUUAAAGGAGAAAUACUGCGGUUUGCCAUCAAAGGCUGGUUUGAAGCUCCUAGUCACUCAAAAGUUUGUGAUAGCAAGCAGCAACUAGCUUGUUUAAUCUUUUUUUUAGGCAAUACUAGCAAGUUUAAUCUCUUAAACCAAUUAGUCUUAAUUUUCAGUUUGUAACUUGCUAUCAAACUCCAGUUCUCCUUUCAAGUUUCAACCUCCCUGCAUCCAAUGUUCUUUUUUUAAUGUUCAAUGAAAAAGGAUUGCUACACAUUAGCCCGUCCAUUAAGAUAGCCGUGGUAAGAAGAUCUAUUUGCAUAUUAGCUUAUAUUUUUAAAAAGAAAAUUGUGGAAUAAAUAUCUUUUGCACAUUUUUGGAAA